AGGUUGACAACAGUAGGUUCAUUCUGGCUGGUGUGUCAACGGGCAAGCGUGGACUGGGACGAUGGUGCUCGACUUGGACCUGUUUCGAACCGACAAAGGCGGCGACCCCGAAACCAUCCGGGAGGUCCAAAGAAAACGUUUUAAAGAUGUCACGCUCGUCGACAAGCUGGUUGCCGCGGACACAGAAUGGAGAAAGUGCCGCUUCAUUGCAGACAACCUCAAUAAAGCCAAAAACCUCUGCAGCAAGAGUAUUGGGGAAAAAAUGAAGAGAAAAGAACCAGUCGGGGAGGAUGAGACUUUACCCGAGGCGGCGCAGAAUCUGGAGGCGCUUACAGCAGAAACAUUCUCAGCUCUGACAGUGACUCAGAUCAAGAAGGUUCGAGUGCUGGUGGAUGACGCCAUGAUAAAAACUGACAGCGAGAGAUUGAAGCUAGAGGCGGAGCGUUUCUCGUACCUGAGGGAGAUCGGCAACCUUCUGCACCCGUCUGUGCCCAUCAGCAACGACGAGGAUGCAGACAACAAAGUGGAGCGUACGUGGGGCGACUGCAGCGUACAGAAGAAGUACUCCCAUGUCGACCUGGUGGUCAUGAUUGACGGCUUUGAAGGGGAGAGGGGGGCCAUCGUGGCUGGGAGCAGAGGCUACUUCCUGAAGGGGCCGCUGGUGUUCCUGGAGCAGGCUCUGAUCAAUUACGCUAUGAGGAUCCUGCACAGCAAGAACUACACCAUGCUGUACACGCCCUUCUUUAUGAGGAAGGAGGUCAUGCAGGAAGUGGCCCAGCUCAGCCAGUUUGAUGAAGAGCUCUACAAGGUCAUUGGUAAGAGCAGCGAGCGGGCUGACGACAGCUCCAUUGACGAGAAGUACCUGAUCGCCACUUCCGAGCAACCCAUUGCCGCCUUCCUACGGGACGAGUGGCUCAAGCCCGAGGACCUACCCAUACGCUACGGGGGCUUCUCCACCUGCUUCAGACAGGAAGUGGGCUCCCACGGACGAGACACGCGAGGCAUCUUCCGGGUGCACCAGUUUGAGAAGAUUGAGCAGUUUGUUUACGCUUCGCCACAUGACGGUAAAUCGUGGGAGAUGUUUGAUGAAAUGAUCGGGACAGCAGAGGAGUUCUACCAAUCUCUUGGCAUUCCUUAUCGCAUCGUCAACAUCGUCUCCGGUGCCCUUAAUCACGCCGCCAGUAAAAAGCUGGAUCUGGAGGCCUGGUUUCCCGGUUCCGGUGCUUUCAGAGAGCUGGUCUCUUGCUCCAACUGCACCGACUACCAGGCCAGACGCCUGCGUAUCCGCUAUGGGCAGACCAAAAAGAUGAUGGAUAAGGCGGAGUUUGUCCACAUGUUGAAUGCAACCAUGUGCGCCACCACACGUGUGAUGUGUGCCAUCCUGGAGAACUACCAGACGGAGGAGGGCAUUGUCAUUCCAGAGAAGCUCAGGGAAUUCAUGCCUCCAGGUUUGACUGAGCUCAUCAAGUUUGUCAAGCCCGCUCCCAUCGACCAGGAGAUGUCCAAAAAGGCAAAGAAGCAGAAGAACAAGCAAGGGGGAGAUCAGCAGAACCUCGCCAACGCAGUGGAGGAGAUGUCUGUCAAUGACUCUUAAACCCACCAAAAAAAAAAAGAUGGAAAGGAGCCUUUAGGAGGAAAACGAAUCUCGUCGGCAUUUACCAAUGUUGGUUCUCCAAUGCAUUUGGUGAAGCCUGGCUCAAUUUCUCUGUUGUGUACUGUAAUCGACAACGGCAUCACACCUUGUGUGCUGUCAUACACCUUCCACAUGUCCACAUUCUCACAGUCAGAGCCUAAAACAAACAGAUUGUGAUUCACAGUGGUUGAUUAUGUCACAUCUAAAGAAAGCAUCUAGUUUGUUUUCGGUUCUGAAUGUUGCCUUUUGUCUCAUUUUCAUCACUUUUCAUCAUGGGCUCUUACUGUAAGCAUAUAUUAAAUCCAGGUCCUAUAAAAGCUAUUUCUGUAUGUCUCUCAAUGGUGACCACUGGUCACCAUGGAUAUGUGAUAAGAGGUAAUAAAGACGA